GGAUUAGUCGUCAUUUUAUUAUAUAAAUAUAUACAUACUCUCAUCUAUCUUGUUGAGCAUGCAACACAAUCGAGUUUCUUAAUUAUUAUUUCAUCAUAAAACCCACUCAUAAUUAGUUCACUCCAUAGUAUUUUAAAAAUGGGCUGCAUAACAUCAAACCCGGUGGUGCCGCUUCAACCACCGCCGACAGCCACCACGAUGGUGGCCGGCGCGUUCUACUUGCCCAAAGAAAACAAGAAAAAGCCACUUGGAGAAGACGCCCACUUCAUCUGCUCCGAAGGGCACACCAUCGGCGUGGCUGACGGCGUUGGCUCGUGGUCCUCCUUUGGAGUCGACGCCGGAAACUAUUCCCGGAUGCUCAUGUCCAAGGCCGAAGCCUCCGCCCGUUCUCAGGCAGGCGGCGGCGGCGGGGUCAAUCCCAUGAAAGCGUUGACGGACGCUUACGCCGGCACGAACGUUCUAGGCUCUUCGACGGCGUGUAUUUUGACGCUAACGGAUGACGGAGUCAUCUCGGCCGUUAACGUGGGAGACAGCGGGUUCGCAGUCGUACGGGCCGGUUCGGUGGAGUACAAGUCCCCGGUCCAGCAGCGGGAGUUCAACUACCCGUUCCAACUCGGGAGGUACAAAGAGGCGGACCGGCCGGUUGUGGCUGCCCGGAUCAAAGUGGAUGUUCGGCCGGGUGACGUCAUAGUGAUGGCAACAGACGGGCUGUUCGACAACGUGAAAGACGAUGCGGUGGCGGAGCUGGUCGGCGGCGGUGGAGGUUCCCCGGGAAAAGCGGCGGAACGGUUAGCGAAUGAGGCUCUAAAGAUCGCGAAGAGUAAGGACGUGGAAACGCCGUUUGCGGUGGAGGCUCGGAAAGCGGGGAGGAACAUCUCCGGCGGCAAGUAUGAUGAUAUCACGGUGAUUGUGGCCUACAUAAAAGCUGCGGCAGAUUAACUUGGAGCAAUCACUCAAAAUUUGUUCUUCUUCGCAAGCUAAAGAUUCGUUACACAUAAUGAUUUUUUUUUUUUGGACUUAGAAAAUAUAAAACCAGUGAUUUUGUGUUUU